GGCCGCCGUGACGCAGAGGAGAGCAGGUUCGAUAUUGCUAUGGAUAGAUAGCUUGUGGUUUUUACAUUAUCUUUUAGGCCUGUCGAGAGAAUGCCCUUGGAUCAGCCAUGGCCAGCAUAACGCUCAAAAUUUCUUCGCUCAUUAUUCGGACGCUUUCGAAGCCGAUUGCUAAUCAAAUUAAAGCACAAGCACGCGAACAUGAGCGCUUCCGCCGUAUAUGCAUAUCUUUUGCUCAGACGCUCCACCGAGCGGAUAUGCGACUUCGACUUGGCCUACUACACACCAACGCUCAGAUAGAACGGCAAGCUACUCGUGGAGUGGCGGAAGCGCAUGCUAAGAAACGGAAACAUCAGGUUGCAACCGUGAAGACCGAAGCCCAGGUGCAAGCAGAUGAAGCGGCUGCGGCAAGAGAGCAAGAAAAGAACGCUGAGCCUCCAAAACCACCUCCAACGCCACGGAUACGACCCCUUUCUGAUGCAAAGGCGAUUGAUACCGGAGCAAAUUUUAUAAGUGAGGCCUUUCUUUUCAUGGUUGCUGGUGGUUUGAUAGUGUUCGAGUCUUGGAGGUCCCGAAGAAAGGAGACGUCGAGAAGGGAGGAUGUGGCAGAACGCCUUGCCGAGCUAGAAGAAUCGGAAAGGACCGCCAGGUUGGGCCUUAUUGCCUUGGAAAAAGAGGUAUUGAAGCUACGGGCUCAGGUUGAGAAAAAGACUCACAAAGAUUUGCGGCCAGUCCUGCCGGAAGCCAUCCGUAAACUCGACGAAGAAGAAGAGCCUGAUGAGCCCCCAAGUCUGUUUGGGAGGUUUAAAGCCAACUUUUGGUGGCUUCAGAAGGCUGCUUGGAGAAAGAAUUCAUCAGAGUCUGAUUCCACCAUCUCAACUUCUCCGGGAGCUUCGUCAACAUCUCAACCCAAGUCAAGUACAUCUUGAGAAGAGCCAGGGGAAAAAAAAUAAAAAAAAGAAAAAAAAAUAAUACAUCUUGGCCCGAUCUACUGGUAAAAUCAAGUCGACAAAUAUACAGUGCCUGGUGCUUGCUGUGUUGCGGAGUGCCUCCUCAUCGCGAAUGCUUGUUAUUUUCCCGGUAUUAACCCUUCGCUUUCCAUAAUUUCUUUGAAGGAUACCCAUCUCACUCUUAGAUAUCGUGACUCCAAUGUACCAUAGAUUCCAACACAAUAUUCCUGUGUACAAAAUAUACCUAGUACAUAAUCUC